AAGACCUUGUUGUGUGCGUGUGUUUGGCUGUGAAGGAGGGAUAACGUUGCUUUUUAGCUGGCUGGGUCACUUUGCUAAAGAAAGCUAACGCGUUAGCAUUAAGCUAACCUCAUUCUGCGAUACCACCUCGAGACAAGUCGGGACAAGACCAGUCUCAGGGCUCACCAUACUCAAUGAGCGGACAGCGCAAUGUCAGAGCGCUCUGGGCAAACUGCAAAGGGGAAGGAAGGCAAAACCAAGUAUGCGUCUCUCAACCUGUUUGAUACAUACAAAGGAAAGAGCCUUGAAGCACAAAAGCCUGUUGUUCCCCCCCGCCAUGGCCUGCAGUCUCUUGGUAAAGUUGCCUCCGCACGGCGUAUGCCACCCCCUGCCAACCUGCCCAGUCUGAAGGCAGAGAACAAAGGCAACGAUCCCAACGUCUCGCUCGUUCCCAAAGACGGCUCAGGAUGGGCAAGCAAACAGGAACAAGCAGACCCAAAGAGUACCGAUGCAUUGUCAGCACCGCAGCCGGAAUCGCAGCAGCCUGUGGCUUCAACGACACCUGCACCGACACGCCCGAAAACCCCGCCAGUUUCAGAGGCUCCGGCCCCAGCUUCAACCCAGGCCGUAGGGGCAAGGUCCUGGGCACAGGCCAGUGUUACACAUGGAACACAAGGGGAUGGUGGAAAGGGAUCAAACCUACCGUCGCCAUUCUCUCGCGAGGAAUUUCCCACCCUGCAGGCGGCUGGCGACCAGGACAAAGCUGGCAAAGAACAGGCCACUGCAGAUCAGUGGUAUGGGCCCGGACCAAGCCUCCGCCCCCAGAACGUUACAAGUUGGCGGGACGGUGGGGGCCGAGCCCUGGCACCCACCAUGUCUGGGGAGGGGGCAGCGGAGGGUGGCACUGGUGGGGUUCUGGUGAUGGAUGGGGCAGCUGGGGUCCCCCCUCCGAACUCUCAGUCCCUCGGGCCACCUAGAAACCCUCCCGCAGGCAGCCCCGCAUUGCCCCUUCCCCAGCCCCCCGUGGGGCCUGGGUUCCCCCAAUACCGAGGGAUCAUGCCUCCCUUCAUGUAUCCUCCCUACCUGCCCUUCCCGGGCCCUUAUGGCCCUCAGGGACCAUACAGGUACCCAGCACCUGGAGAGGGGCCCCCUCCAAGGUUCUCUCGUAGCCAGGGCGGUCCUGACGGCAGGCCUCAGGGGGGCCCACGUGACGCAGGUGGAGAGGUGGUAAAGCGUCCCUCUAUCCUAAAGCAGGAUGACCUGAAGGAGCUGGACGAGCUGGACCACGAUGGAGACGAGGGCUGGGCAGGUGCUCAUGAGGAGAUUGAUUACUCCGCCAAGUUGAAGUUCAGUGACGAUGAAGGAGAUGAGGAAGGGGAAGAACAGAGAACCGAGGGCAACCAUGACACCUGUGAGCAGCAGCGGCCCCAGGAUGCCCCCCCUGCAAGCUCACGAUCUCGUGCAUCGGACAGUGGUGGAGAAACCCGCCGCACCCCUCCCACUAAUGCGGAUAAUGGCCCCCAACCCCCCUCCAGUAAGCCAGGAUGGGCCGAGGAGGGAGGCAGUGGCUGGGGUGCUCAAGGAGCGCCUCCCAAUUACCAGGGGCGCAGGCCUCGAUUGGGUGGUUUCCGGGAGCAGCCCUCCCCCCCACCAGGGCCGCUCCUUGGACAAGGGCCUUACUGCUUUUACCGACAGGAACGGCCCCACAACCAGGGUGCCUCUGUAGGCGUGGGAAAACCUGUUCCAGCCCAGAAUCAGCCAGCAGCUGGGGGGCAUACACCUCCUCCUCAGCCAGGCCUGCUGGGCCCUGGAGCCCCGGGAGAAGACGAGGACGAGACUUGGCGUCAGCGUAGGAAGCAGUCAUCAACAGAGAUCUCAGCUGCGGUGGAGCGAGCCCGUCGACGUCGUGAGGAGGAAGAGCGUAGGAUGGAGGAGGAGAGAAGAGCGGCCUGCGCUGAGAAGCUGAAGAGGUUGGACGAGAAGCAGCAACAGCAGCAGGGCAGUAACACAGGAGAGGGCGGCAGUGCAACUCCCAGCCUUGAUGGAAACUCUACAGCUGCCACAGCAGGCAGCCCGAGUCCUUCUAUUUCAGCCUCCUCCCCCAACAUCAGCCAGCCCCCAUCCCCAUGUGUCGACCCUGAGGAGCCUCCAUUGCUGACUGUCCAGACGGGGUCCAGUCCUGUAGUCAGUGACCGACAGCGAGCCAGCAGCAACAGCAGCUAUGACUCCAGUGCAGACAUCCAGCCGUGUCCCCAGCCAACCAUCCCACAGCCACAGCAGCCGACGCUGGAAGUGCCUCUAGUUGGAGAAACUAAGGAUGAGACCAUGGGAGGUCCUCCCAUUCGUGCAGGAAGUGGAGGUGAAAGAGGAGUUGACCCCGUAAAAAUUGAAAAUAUUGGAGGGGGAGCAGGUCGUCAAGCCGGUGGUCCUCCUGGACAGGGUUAUUCCAAGUACCAGAAGUCUCUUCCACCACGUUUUCAGAGGCAGCAGCAAGAGCAGCUCCUGAAGCAGCAGCAGCAAUGGCAGCAGCAGCAGCAACAACAACAACAACAGCAGCAGCAGCAGCAGCACAGCCAGGCAUCACAAAGCCAGCUGUCCCCCCAGCCUCAAGCUCCACAGGGUCCUUCACCGGGUCCAACACCACAGCCGCAGGGGCCUGGACCCAAGCAGCCUGGGCCCCUGUAUCAACCAAGCAAUAUGGUUCGACCUCCACCACUGCCAAUGAAUUUCGACCCCCGCUGGAUGAUGAUGCCCUACAUGGACCCUCGUAUGAUGCAGGGCCGGCCUCCACCUAUGGACUACUAUUCAGCUGGCAUGCACCCAUCAGGACUUAUUGCGCGUGAGCGUUCUGACUCAGGAGGAUCGGGUUCAGACCCCUUUGACAGGCAGCAGCAGCAGCAGCAGCAGCAGCAGCAGCAGCAGCAUCCUGGGCACCCUCACCGUGGGACUCCCCCUAUGGAUCCCAAGCUUGCAUGGGGACCGGAGGUAUUUCCUGGAGGAGGGGAGGGCCGAGGGCUAACAUCCCCCCUCAGGCAGAAGCAAGCUUUGGAGGAAGACGAUGGGUCUAAAGGACCCAGUGACACUCCUCCCCACCGAAUUAGAGAGGGUGGACUGGGACCAAUCCAGCAACCCAGUUCCAACUCCGGGCCUUCCAAUCAGACUCCACCUCCAGUUGGCACCCAAGUUGGGAGCCAAGGAGGUGGUCAUCACCCUCAUCACUACAUUAGCGGAAGGGGCAACUACAGCAAUUUCCCUGACCAGGGUGGAAGGAUGAUUCCACACCAACAGCAGCAGAGAGCGGCUGAGCGGGGAAACCAGCCACACAGCUUCACCCACCAAGAUGAAGGUCCUCCCCGAGGAGCUCAACAAGGCCAGAUAUGGGGGCCCCCACACCCUCACUAUGAUCGCAAUGGCCGUGCAGAUCUCCCCUCUAUUGAAAGCAAUUCUCAUCACCACCAUCAUCAUGGCCACCACCCUCAGCAGCCUCACUUCCAUCUCCACCCCAAUAAGCCAGAAAACAGCCGUGAGAGGGUUGUUGAGGCCGCUGCCAAGAAGACAGACUCUUCUCCUCCAAUCCACCAACCUUCUCUCUCAUCUUCCUGCUCUUCUUCCUCCUCCUCCUCUGCUAGAGAAGAUGGAAAUGUCAAAGUUGCCCCGCAUCAUCACCCAUCACAGAGAGAGAGUGAAGCUGUGGUUGCUCACACUGUUGGUGAAAGAGGCAGCAGUGUUGGAGGCAGCAGCCACGUGAAACAGGAGAAAACAGGCCAGGUAUAUGCUCCACAUUCCUCUGUCACUGCUACCCCAUCUUCCUCCCAACAUGGCAGUCAUACUCAUCCUCAGCAGCAGCAGCAUCACCAUCAUAAACCAAACCAAAGAGGGGGGCGAGACCACAAGACAGAGACCCAGUGGGGCCCAAGGCCCGGCAGUAGCCACAUGGGUGGAGGGUCCUCUCACGGCAGGAGGGCCAACAAUGCAGGAGGUGGGAACAACUCCCGUGGAGGUGAUGACUCUUCCAACCCUCAAACGGACCACAAACCCUCCAACCAAGCAGGAGGCGGCAACGCCAACAAGAGAGCUGGCCCCAUCAAGAAGCCAGUGCUAAAAGAAAUGAAGAAAGAUGGAGUGGAUGUUGAUGGAGGAGAAAAAACAGGUGUAGGUUUUGGGAAAGAUAAAGAGCAAGAUGGGGCUCAAACCGCCUCAAUGAAGCAGGAAGCCUCCGUGGUCUCCCAGAAUACAUCAGCUCCAUCUAAAGAUGAGACCGCUCAGACAGCCAAACCCAGGAACGGAGGCAAAGAACGAUCAACAGGAGGCGGUGGAGGAGCGUCGGGUAGAGGAUCAAAAGAUCUAGACUCAACCUCAUCAGGAUUUACAGGUUCCGCCUCAAGGAGGGACAGGGACCGCUCGUUUGAGAGAGGAGGUGGCCCGCCCCACCAUCAUGGAGUCCCAGCCAAAGGCAGCAGAGCCAGUCGUGGACGAGGAGGGGAGUUCUACGGGCGCGGCCGUGGCUAUCGUGGCACCUACACGGCCACAGCUGGGCCAGCUGGUGGUGGUAGAGGAAGAAUGGGAGGCAGAAGUGGCAGAGAUUACCGCUCAUCUGUUGCCGGUGGUCACCACCAUGAGUCCAAGGCGGAGGGUGGUGGUGGUGGUGGUAGGCAUGGUCAGGAGCGUUCACAGCAUAACCCUGCCAGGGCCAGGAACCGAAGUGAAACCCGCAGCGAAGGAUCUGAGUAUGAAGAGAUCCCCAAGAGAAGGAGGGAGAGGGGUUCAGAGACUGGCAGUGAGAGUGGUGCCAGUGACCUCGGUCACUCAGACAAAGACGACAGCCAGAAACCCAACGCCAAGAAUGGUUCAAACACCACUGGCAACAGCUCCAUGUCAUCUGCACCACCCAGAGGUUCCCAAGCCCGGGUUUUUACCCCCAGGGGCGUGCCCUCUAGGAGGGGGAGGGGUGGUGGUGGUGGUGGUGGAGGAGGAGGAAACAUCUACAGAAGCAGCGGCAAUGUUGGAGGACCGACUGGAGGACACAGAGUUGGAUCCAACUCUUCCUCUCAUGGCGGGCCUUUAAAGGCAUCGACCUCAGCCCGAAAGCAGCAUGGCCCGCCACAAACGUCGGGGCCAAAAGACUUGGGCAGGGGAGGAAAUGGAGGCGAGAAGAAAGAUAAGACCGCUGAUGCAAGUCAAACUCAAAGUCAGGGGUCAAAUCCCCCUCAGCCAUCAUUGCCAGCCGCAACUCCCACCGCUGUAGGUUCCACUGAAAAUGGAGUAGUUGCGACCCAGCAACCUUCAACCAACCCUACAUCAAACUCUGGAGGGCCAAAUCCCCUCCCUUUGCCUGCUAACCGUGGAUUCCCUCCGGGUGGGUUCGAGCGACCACCUAGACGUCGUCGUCAUGGGCGUUCUCAGCAUCAGCAGGACAAGCCACCGCGCUUCCGGCGACUGAAGGAGCGAGAGAAUGCUGCGAGGAUAAACGGAGGUGUGGGGGUCAUAGGGGGAGGACGGCCCUCUUCUCCCUCCUUGAAUUCAGUUCAGGACAGUAACGGAGCCCCGACCUCUGCUCCCGUGACGAGCAACGCCCAGAAUUCUAACCACAGCACCGCAGUAACUAACAACAAUAACAGUAGUGUUGGGCAUCUCGGCAACGCAAACAGCCACCACCAUCACCACUACAACCAGGGCGGUACUGGGCAGCCCCACACCCAGCAUCACCACAGCCAUGGAGCAAAGUCUCCCGACUUCACCAACCAGAACUCAGAUCAGGCCAAUGAGGAGUGGGAGACCGCCUCGGAGAGCAGCGACUUCACAGAGUUCAGAGACAGGGAAGGCGGAGGAGGGAAGUCUUACUCUUCUCACCAUCCCCACCACAUGGGAAGAGGAGGAGGAGGAGGAGGAGGAGGAGGAGGAGGGGGGGGCGGCGGCGGCGGAGGAGGAGGAGGUGGUGGUGGAAGUGCGGUCGAGCGAGAUAUGACGGGCAAAGAGCCCUUGGCUAAUAAAAGAAGCUUCUCGAGCCAGCGCCCUGGUAUGGAGCGACAGAACCGGCGGGUCAAUACUGGAGGAUCCGGAGGAGGGGGAGGAAGAGGUCCACGAGGUCAACCCGGUGGGGGCUCCAAUGGGCCUGGCAAUGGAGGUGGUGGCAACCGUGGAGACAAGCGUGGAAACUGGCCCUCCCCAAAAAAUAGGAAGUGAUGGAACAUUUCAGAACAUUUUCAGAUGCCCCCACCCCCACCCCCCCAUCUACAUUUAGACCACCCUAUUCCAUCUUAAUCCCUUUUGAUAAUUAUUUCACGGCUUAUCUAUCGGCAUCCCUAAACAUGUUAGUGUAUUGUACAGUAUAUGGAGAUGGUAUUCACGUUCACUCAAGCACCCCACCCGUGUCUCCUUCCUCCUCCUGCACCCAUCUACUCUCUACCGUCCGUUAAUGUAAAUUUAUCUCCAUUUGUUCCGUCUUGCUCUCCGUUCAGUUGUGCCCCCCCUUUACCUUCUCCCUUCAAAAUCUCGACCCAGUUGGAAUUGUUAAGCAUGUGGUUCUGCAAUAGAGAUGCACGUGGUUUUGACAGAAGACAUUCACACAGAGCUCCACACACACUCACAUUUACAAGCACAAAUAUGACAUCUCUUUAAACACAUGCAGUCAUGUGGGUGCAAAUUGAAAAUGUGGGAUUACAUUGGCAGAAAUGUUUGGAUUGGGCUAAUUUUUAUAUUUAUGUACCUGUGUAUAUUUCUACCACACUUUGGCCUUGGGUGGUAUACAGUAGUGCAGAUCUGCAUUACUUCCCUCGCAAAGGGAAAGAGUGCAGCUUCAUCUUUUAACAAGAACAAUGUAACAUAAGAUGUUUUGUUUUUCUUUGUCUGUUUUUGGCCCCCGUGUCCGUUUAGUUUCAGCCUCUGGGAAAUGUUAGGGGUGUGUAUUUUUUUCUUCUUAAGGCAGGUCAUUAAAACACCUUUUUACUAAAUUCCCCCAUUCUGUUGACUUUUUGGUCUCCUGCAAAGUACGUCUUUGAUUACUGUGAUGAAGUACUACUGCUCAGCGCUCACUUACCUACACUUCCAUUGAUUUCAACAACUCCUGAAACACUUUUUUACUCCUCCAAGGUGAAAAACCUAUUAAUCUUACACGGGGUAAAGUGAGUUAAAUGGAAAAAGUAGGUCAUGGUGGAAUAAAGGAAAAUGUUUGCUUCAAUAGGUGAUUUAAUAUGUUUUAAUAAGCACUCCUUGUAGUAUAAAAAUCCAUGUUGGUUUUUUUCUUUUCUUUCUGUUGUUGGGCGAUGUGAUGAAACAGGACAGGUACUCUGUCUGGGCCCAGAGUACAGAGCUAGGUUAAGUAUUGUACUAUGACACCCCCCCGUGUUCUCUUACUGUUUUCUUGGGGAGACCCCUCACACCUUCAAGGACUGCUUCCAAGAGCUCCGUGUUGGAGGAAGUAUUUUAAAAGUGUGUGUUCUUAGGAUGGAUGGCGGAUUACAGAACAUGGUGGCGACCAAGAAGCCCACACAAAUUGAAUUCAGGACAAUGCUGAAAUGUUUGACGAAACGAGUCAAUCUGCUCGGCUAAUCACACGGUUUCUGCUCGCAACAAAUAAUGCUGACCUGGAGUGUUGCAGAAAUGUUGGAUUGAUGUAGGAUUACACUUGUAAACAUAGUUUGUAUCAUAAAAAAAAACUAAAAUGGUGCACAGCUAGAAAAAAAAAAAAAAAAAAAAAAGACCGAAGAUGACAUCCAGUGUGAACUAAAUCGAUUUAAACAUCUGCAUCAAUUCUGUCACUGCUGUAAGUUGGGGUUUGUUUGUUUACUGACACAGUUUGAAGAUCUUCUCUGGGAUGUUGUGUGUAGGGCAUUUUACGAUAUGUGUAUGGGUGUGCGUGCUUGUGUGUGCGUGUGUGUGUGUUUUCUGGUCUAAGUGUAAUAACUUGGGGACGGGGUGGGGACCAGAGGGGUUAACGUGAAUGGCAAGCACUUUUUUCUGCCUUUGCCCACACUUGAUUUAACCAGUAUCAUAAAGACAAUUCUACUGUUUCUUAAAUACAUCCACGUAUAUACAUUCAGCUGUGUGUAUAUGUCCAUCAUCCAAAUGAAGAACAUGUAGUGAAAAACUUCACCAGUUCUUUUGUGUGUGUGUGUGUGCGUGCGUGUGUAAUUUUAAGAAUACAUUCUUCUGCAGGCAAGUGAAGUUGGACAUAUAUUAUUUUUCACUCUGAGCAUGAACACACACACCCAUGGGUGCAGCUUGCCUUGCCUGUUACUGGUUCAUACAUUGAUAGCUGUACACUUAACACUGGCUCAAAGAGUCCUUCAUCCCUCCUUAACUCUUAUUGUUGAUGUGCGCAUUAUUUUAUGUAUCCAUGUUUAAAACUAAGAAAACAAAAAGUAGUGUAUUCCAGAAAAAUUACUCAAAAGAUUGUACUGUUUCCAGCAUUACCGAGGUACCUGGAGUGGUUCAAACUGUUUUUAGCAUUUAUGGUUUUAUUAAUGGAACCGUGAUAUACACACAUGUAUGUAUAUUGGUAUGUAUCUAAGUUUUGUCUACCCCAACUUACAUUCCCACAAACAAAUGUUGCCAUUUUUAGUUCAAGGGAGCAAUGUACAAGCAGAGAAGUGUCUUAUUAUAAUAAAGUUAUACAGAGAAGGCAAAGUUAAAUAAACUACUUUUGAUUUAAUGGAAAA